ACUGUACUGUCUAUGACUGUAAUGUUGCUCUGAAAUGCAACAGCGGAACUCAUGCAUUGAGGAAAUUGGUCCAUCAACGGGCAGUAAAUACAGUGACGCCGUGUCACAACGUGCUCAUGAAAAUCAGAUACCGUCUAUUUUGUCAGCUGGGUGUAGUUGCAGGAAGUUGUCAUGGAGAGUCUGGGGGAGAAGUUCAAAGCUCUGUCAAUCACUCGGCGUGUCCAGCCAGAUGAGCCCACCUACCUUCUGGACCUGUCCCACCAGCCUGUCUCGGGCCCAGGGUUGGUGGCCGUAUGCUGCUCCAACCUCUCCAUCCGUUUGCACAGUGAGGACAGCCUCAGCCUGCUCAGGGAGUACCAGGGACAUAGUGGUGCAAUCUGUGGGGUGUGCUUUGCCCACACCUCCCCUGACCUGCUCUUCUCAGGCUCUGCUGAUGGGACAGUGAGGACGUGGGAUGUCCGCUGUCCUGGUUCAGAGGCAGCACAGGUGUUCAGGAGUGACUCCUCCCACCACUUCUGCAGCUUUGAUGUGAGCUGCAGCGAUGUGGUCCUAUGUGCAGGCACUGAGCAGGUCGAUGAAGAUGAUAGCUUCUUGGUUUUCUGGGAUGCCCGCAUGGCAAAGGAGAAGGGAGGGGUUCUGGGUGUGUACUCUGAGUCCCACAGUGAUGACAUCACGCAGGUGCGUUUCCACCCCCGGAAUGCCGACCACUUGGCGUCUGGCUCCACUGAUGGCCUGGUGAAUGUGUUUGACCUGAGCCUUGGUGCAGAGGAGGAGGCCCUCCUGGCCACCUGUAACUGUGGCUCCUCUGCUAGCUCAGUGUGCUGGGCAGGGAAGGACUUCAACCAGCUGCUGUGCCUCAGCCACGACGAGGGCCUCCAUCUGUGGGACCUGGGUCAGUUGGACACAGACAAGCCCCUCACACUCUUCAGUGCCGCUGACGCCCGCAGCCUGACCCCUCUCUCUAAUGAAGUGGCCCUGGAUUACUUUGUUGGCGGGACUUGGCUGGAGGAGGCAGGGCGCUUACUAGUGCUAGGUGGGACAAACAAUGGAGACAUCCACCUUCUGGAGUGCAGUGAGGAAGGCCUGUGUCUGCUGAGGUCCCUCCAAGGGGGCCACUCUUCCACAGUGCGCUGCUUCCUCUGGGAUCCCGCAGGGGAGGCCCUGCUCACGGGAGGGGAGGAUGCACAGCUGCUCUUGUGGAAGACAGGGGCGGAGGAAUUCACCUCAGGGAAGAGGGACACCCUGAAGAGUGCCUCUGCAUUAAAACUCAAAUCUAGAUCACACAAGAAGCAUGGCUCCAAGAGGGAUAAGAAGCUAGAAGUGUGAGUCGGAUGCAAUAGAGGGUUCUCAAAGAAGGGCAAGACUGCAGUCCCUAAUUUAAUCAAUCAAUAUUCCUCUUGCACUCAGAGUACUCAUUUGGAUUCAUGAAAUCAACACAAUUAUAUUUUUUCUUUCUUGAAAGUAGUAUUAUACUUAUCCCAGAAACUGAUUAAUAUCUUUAACCGCUAGGGCUUAAAAUGAGAUUGAAUCGCGGUAUUUGUUUUUCAAAUGUUUCUCCCAACUUGUUUGGUAUUUUGUUUAGCUAAAACCAAUUGGUAUUUCUUUAGAAAUAUAAUUCUAAUUGUAUCGAGUUGAUCUAAUGCAUGCUCUCCUGUAAUUUAACUAACAUACUCAGUGGGUCACAAAGGCCAGGGUUCAGAACCAGAGCAUGCAGUACUUCAUCAUACUCAUCAUACUUAUUCAGAGGAGCAGUUUUAAUUCCACUCAAAUGGCACAGAGUGGAAUAACAUGACAGUUGCUAUGCAGGGACUCUGCUGCAUAUGUCAACCUGGUCUAAGAGCAUUUCGCAUAAUUCUGUAUGUAAAUCUAAGACACCAUUUACUACGAUAUGCUAAGUUUUGUAUGAUAUGUAUUCAUUUGUGCAUGUCCAUCACCCAUUUUGUAUGAUAUGUUACGAAUAUGCUGAACGUACAAUAUUUUACAAAUUUGCAAAACAAAUGCUAUGUUACAAAUUCUAGCUAGGUGUUUAACAGAAACUAGCUGGCUAAUGUUCGCAAGGCUAGGGGUUAAGGUUCAAAAUCAAAUCUAAUUGUAUUUGUCACGUGCUGAAUAGAACCGGUGCAGGCCUUACAGUGAAAUGCUUACUUAUAAGCCCUUAACCAACAAUGCAGUUGUUGGUUAACAGUGGCACGUUGUGUUCGCUAAUCCAAGUUUAUCAUUUUAAAAGGCUAAUUGAUCAUUAGAAAGCCCUUUUGCAAUUAUGUUAGCACAGCUGAAAACGGUUCUGAUUUAAAACACCAGUCUCAAAGUCAGUGAAGAGGUGACUCCGGGAUGCUGGCCUUCUAGGCAGAGUUCCUCUGUCCAGUGUCUGUGUUCCGGAGUCUGUGUUCCGGAGUCAUCUCUUCACUGUUGACGUUGAUACUGGAGUUUUGCAAGUACUAUUUAAUGAAGCUGCCAGUCGAGGACUUGUUAGACAUCUGUUUCUCACACUAGACAGUCUAAUGUACUUGACCUCUUGCUCAGUUGUGCACCAGUGCCUCCCACUAUUUCUAUUCUGGUUAGAGCCAAUUUGUGCUGUUCUGUGAAGGGAGUAGUACACAGCGUUGUAGGAGAUCUUCAGUUUCUUGGCAUUUCUUGCAUUGAAUAGCCUUCAUUUCUCAGAUCAAGAAUAAACUGACAAGUUUCAGAAGAAAGUUAUUUGUUUCUGGCCAUUUUGAGCCUGUAAUCGAACCCAUAAAUGCUGAUGCUCCAGAUAGCUACUCAACUAGUCUAAAGGCCAGUUGUAUUGGUUCUAUAAUCAGUACAACAGUUUUCAGCUGUGCUAACAUAAUUGCAAAAGUUUUUUUAAUGAUCAAUUAGCCUUUAAAAUUAUAAACUUGGAUUAGCUAACACAAUGUGCCAUUGGAACACAGGAGUGAGGGUUUCUGAUAAUGGGCCUCUGUUUGCCUAUGUAGAUAUUCCAUAAAACAAUCAGCCAUUUCUACCUACAAUAGUAAUUUACAACAUUAACAAUGUCUACACUGUAUUUCCGAUCAAUUUGAUGUUAUUUUAAUGGACUACAAAAUGUGCUUUUCUUUCAAAAAGGGCUUUCUAAGUGACCCCAAACUUUUGAAUGGUAGUGUAUAUUUGUUUUACAAAUAUUUUCUUGAUGCUUCAAGGGAUCUUAACCCUAAAAUAGCAAAAUUAUCUCUGGUAUGACCUUCUUAAAUAAAUUCCAUAAUGCUUCGUAGAAUCCCUUUCCCUGGCUUAGACUGUUUAGUGUGAAAAACAAGGGGUUAAAUACAUGUACAUAAAAAGAUGCAUGUAAAAAUACAUGUACAUAUAAAGGAAAGACACUUCAGAACAUGCUUAAUUUAGAUUUUUUUUCUUUUUUUGGGGGGGGACGGGGACGGACUGUUUUUCCAUGUAGUGAAUCUGUUUGUAUGGUCUAAUAGCAGUAAGGCUGAAUAAAACAUGUUCAUCAAAUAUA